GAUUUUUUUGGCUUGGCAGGGUAGGAGAGGGUUAAUAAAGUAAUUACGUCUGCCGCACGGAAGGGGUGUGAAUACUUUCCCAGACACGCACACACACACACACACGCACACACACAUGCGGACAUUCACAAGUCUUGUUUCUCACCAGAUAACGUUAAACUUUAGUCGCACGGCAGAAGACGGUCGACCCUCAGCCAACUGUUACCACCUUUUGGAGAAGAAAUCAAAAAGUACAGCCAUGGGGAAAGGAUGCAUUACAGUCACCAAGUACUUUCUAUUCCUCUUCAACCUCCUCUUCUUUAUCUUUGGAGCAGUUAUCAUGGGCUUUGGCCUGUGGGUCCUCUUUGAUAACCAGAGCUUCAUUGCUGUUCUACAGGAAUCAUCAGACACGGUGAAAGUGGCAGCCUACAUCCUCAUCGGAGUGGGUUCCUUGUCAAUGGCCAUGGGCUUCUUUGGCUGCAUAGGAGGGAUCUACGAAAUUCGUUGUCUGCUGGGUCUGUACUUCACCUGCCUCCUGCUCAUCCUCAUCGCCCAGGUCACUGCUGGAGUUCUCAUCUACUUUCAGAGAGAUCGGUUGAAAUACGAGAUGUCCAACAUCAUACAAGGUAUGCUAAUCAACUACACUGGCCAGAACAGGACCACAGAGCACACCUGGGACUAUGUUCAGAGGACGAUGAAGUGCUGUGGCUGGACGGGUCCAGGCAACUGGUCUGAGAACAUUUUGAUCAAGAACAGCUCUCAGAACCUCUACUCCUGUUCCUGUCGCAAUGACACCCUGCAUGGCACGGACAUCAAGGUCGUAGGCCUGUGUGAGCACCUGUCCACAAAACUACCCAUCUAUGAAACGGGCUGUGCAACCAGCGUUGAGAAAUGGCUCCUGGACAACUGUGGAGUUAUUCUGGCAAUCUGUGUCGGUGUGGCAGUCAUUGAGCUCCUUGGGAUGAUCCUCUCCAUGUGUCUGUGCAAGAGUGUUGUCGUGGAGGAUUAUACCAAAGUACCGAAGUACUGAGCUGAAGACAGAGGCAGCUUCACACCACACACAGAUGGAUGGACUCUUUUCCCCUCUCUCUGCCUCUCUCUCUCUCUCUCUCUCUCUCUCUCUCUCUCUCUCUCCUUGUCACACAUUCUUAUGAACACACACACAUAUAAGACAGCUGUCUCCACCAUUUGAGCUUCUCCUGUCUUGACAGCUGUGCAAAUUUCUCACGACACAAUCACACACACAUACUCACACCUCGCAAUCAAGCUAUGACACUUGUUGGACAUGCAUCCACAAGUAACCAUUGUUGUCUUAUGAUCUUGUCUUUUCUUAAGGAGACUUUUUUGGUGUUUUGGUAAUAUUUUUGGGUGGAGGCCUGAGAAAUUUGCAGUGUGAUACUAUGCAAAUGUACAUUUAUGUGUUUUUGUUUGUUUUCCGUGGCUAACCUCAAUGAAGCGCUUAACACAGUAGAAGAUAGAGCACUUUAAUGACAUUUGCUGAGCUGAGAGCCGGAGCAUCCUCUGACUCUAGACAUGGAGACGAGAGGGAGACUGAAGGGUGUGGGUGUGUGUGAAGUUGACGCACUCAAGUAUUAGUCCCACUUUGUGAUCGUAUGUUGGUAUUUUUGGUGCAGAGGGUGGAGGAGAGGCCCAGGGCUGAGCCUGGGCAGGGCUGCUGUGGUGGAGGUUUUGGCUUCUGUCAUCAGCUCCUUGUACCCAGUAGUCCUGAUAUUAACCUCCCUUUACACCCACCGCCACCGCCUCCUCCUCCCUCCCACUAUCCAUUAUCUGUUAGUCUCUAAAUCACGUCUCUGUCCUCCUCAAGUGUGUCUGAAAAUAGUAGCUUUCCAAAGGACUAGUUUUGCAUGAAGUUAGUGUGUGUAUGAUGUGUUGAGUGAGUGUUUUAUUUCUUAUUUUUUAUUCUCAUGUCAUCUCGGUUUGUUUUUAUAACGAUAUAUGUGACUGGUAAGGGAUUAUGGCACUUCGGUGCUUGGUCAGCGUUUAACAUGGGAAAGCUGUUGCCCACAUGCUCGUGUUUUAGUCCCAUUGUUCUUCGUUUCCUUUCUUUUGUUUUUGAUGUAAAGAAUGUGGCUGUCACAGCAGCUCGUCAGCACUAUUUUGGUCUGAAUCAGAGAAAUUGGAACACUUUUAUAGUGAAUCUGUCAUCACUAAAGCUGUAUUUAAAUUUGUUAUUAUAGCAUGAGUUUGUGAACUGAUAACAUACCAUAGCACCUUCCCCAAAAUCUAUAUUUAAGCUCCUUACACCUGCCUUCAUUUA